CGGGCCAGCCGCCAUUUUGUGAGAAAGAAGGGCGGCCGCCUGUGAGCGGUGGUGUGCCGGGGGGUGCCUACUCCUUUUUAUUUCUCUUUGCACUUUCUCCUCCUUUUACUCCUUCCUCUCUCCCCCUUCCCUCCCUCUCAGAUUCGCCUCCUCCCUCUGCUUUUGUUAUCCCUCCCUUCAUCCCUUUCCUCCCCUCCCUCCCCGCUCCUUCCCCGCCCCGCUCCCCGCCCCCGCUGGCACUGCGGAGCCGGAGACGUGACCCGAGCGGACCCAGCCGCGGCCUUUUCCCCGCUGCUCCAGCCUCCCGCCGCAGAGUCGCAUGUCAUCUAUCCAGAACCUCCAGUCCUUCGACCCCUUUGCUGAUGCAACAAAGGGCGACGACUUACUCCCGGCGGGGACUGAGGAUUACAUUCAUAUAAGGAUCCAGCAACGAAACGGAAGAAAGACGCUGACAACUGUUCAAGGAAUUGCAGAUGAUUAUGACAAGAAGAAACUUGUGAAAGCUUUCAAAAAGAAAUUUGCUUGUAAUGGUACUGUUAUUGAACAUCCUGAAUACGGUGAAGUUAUCCAGCUUCAAGGUGACCAGAGGAAGAACAUUUGCCAAUUCCUCUUGGAGAUUGGCAUUGUCAAGGAAGAACAACUGAAAGUUCAUGGUUUCUAAAAUACCUGUACUCUCGUGAAGAACCCUGCAGUAUUUGGUCUUACCUAGCCUGACUCUUCUGUGAAAAAUGAAUCUUUGCAGUGAAUGGACUUCCCUGUUACCUGAACGUUUAAAAGUUGAUUCAGAUUUGCAUGACUGCGUGAAACAUGUGGUGUGUACACUAGAAACACAUAAGAAAACUUCAGUAAGGUGGUAAUGAAGACACUUCUGAACUUCAGCACAUUUCCAAUGGAAGUGUUUUAGUGGUGAUUGUUCAGUUUACUGCUCUCCACCUGACUUAAAUGUGUGGGUUGUAUUAAAAUAGUGUGUGUUGUUGCUUAGAAAUAAAAGUUUAUUCAUAUAUUUUCUGGGAUAUCUGAAAUGCUUUAGCUUAAGUUUUAAACUAGCACAGCAGCCUUACUAAAGAAUGGCUAAAAUGUUUUGUGACAAGUGUAGCUCACUGCUCAUUGAAUAAAUUGGAAAAACUACAAGAUGAAGUAUUAGCUAAUUGAUCAGUAGAUCAGCUUGAUGUGAUCUUACCCAGUAGCUGUAAGACUAGAGCUUUAAGUCUUUUGUGUAGGUGUAUCUUAGUAGCAGCAUGAUAAGACAUUAAUUAUUUGCUGAGUAAGUAACUAGAUCUUCUCUAAAAUUUACUGCAGUGACUAUGAAAUAUUAGUGUUAAGCAUAGUAGGACUAAAAAAAGCUGAACUCCUUAAGGCUGCUAUUGCUGAGAACAUGUCAAACAUCUACGUCUAACACAGUACUCCCAAAACGCUGGAAGGAAGUGCAUGGGAUUUUCUAUGUCUUCUGUCACUGAGUGAAGGGGAGAGACAAGAGUUGGCUUCUGCCAUGACUACUGUGCAUUUAAUGUUGGCAAGGCAGAGUGCUUUAAUUAGCUGGUAGUGUUAGCUGCAGAAGAAAGGAAGGGAACAGGCUCUACACUUAACCUUUUUUUUUUUCCCCUUCCCCCUGGUGUGAAAAGUUUUGCUGCGACAAAUGGUUAAUAUGGAGGGUUUUGUAAUGGGGUUUGGGUGUUAAUACAGAAAGCUCAUUUAGUCUGCUUUUCUAGCAGGCAAUUAACUCACUGCGGUGAAGUUACAAUAGGUUUGUAUUGCUUUUCAUCUAGUUUUAGUUAGCUGUAGGCAUUUAGUAUUCUGCUUUUAAGAUCUGUCUCUUUACAGAAUGAAAUUACUUCAUUGGUGAAAUGUGCAGAUCUUAUCUUCCUUGUGAGAUAGACAUGGAAAUUUUCUCUGAAAAAACAUGCUGAGCUGGGAUACCAUAAGAAUAUUGGGAAAAGUUAAAAAAACUUCUUGUAAUAUCACGUAUUGUCUGGAAAGGAAGAAGGAGACAUUUCUUGACUGUUAAGACUUAAUAACUUUCAGGAAAAAAAACCCUGAUGACUACCUAUGUAAACAUCAAGAAUAGGCAAAACUCUAUUACUGAAUAUCACCUGUGCCUAUUCUUUGUUUCCUGUUCAGACUUGCCCUUCUAAACAGAAAUGCUCAAUGUUAACUCACUUGAACCUUUUCUUUUUUUUCUUAAGAUUUCUGAAUUCAGAUGUGAACAUUUAUAGCACUAACAACAAUUACGGGAGCACUGCAGAGCAUUCAUGUGACAUUUUCUUUCUCUGUCUGGUGUAGACAAUUGAACCUGUAAGCAUCCAGUCUCCAGUCUCUCAAUCUCCAUAAAUUCUGCUUGGUGUUACAGAUCUUAACUGUUCCAGAAAAAUGAUGUUCCAGAAGAUCGUAUGCUGUUAAUGUAUAAUGUCUUCAGGAGGAAGAGGAGGGAAAGCCUCCUGCAAAACAUGAAGUAUCAGCACGCAGAAUGAAAAUCCAAAGAAUAAGUCUUAUGCAAGUCUUGCACAUGAGCAGAAUAAAAUCGUUGUACUGCAAGAUUACCUAGUCCUGCUUCAUAGAUGAUGAAGUAAUUUGUCCUUUGGGGGUACAUAUCACUUAGUGAUUUUCAUUUUAUCAAAUGCCAGAAGAACUGAUGUUCUCAUUUAAAGCUUGUUCUGCCCAAGAGGAAAAACAAGCAGUAUCUUCUCCUAUUUCACUAGUAUUACUGGAGUACUUCUAGUGGGCUUUUGAAUUGGAGAUUAACAAAUGAUUAGCAAGUCUCAUGUGUUACUGAGUCAGUCUUCAUUUCAGAUGGCAUCCAUUAACUUUUGCUACCUAAGCUUGAGUCAUUUCUCCGUAGUCAUUCUGCUUGGAAUAAACAAGAAAAACCUCUGUGUUCUUCCUUGUCAUUUGGAAGUCCUUUCUGAUAGCGGGAACCUUGCACUGGAUAGGUGGCUUUGUUUUUAUGCUCUAGAGGAGCUGCUUGUGUUUUGACCUUUGAAGGGCAAAAUUAAAAAGGAGGGGGAAUAAGGAGUUACACAUUUGAAGUUUAAAUAGAUGAGAUUUGUUGUGGCAACAAACAAUCUUUCUAGAAGGAAAGCUGAAAUUUUUGUCCUUGAAGUAUUUUAAAAUAUAACAGUGUCUCAAUAAGAUUGUAACCGGCCUUGUUAGAAGCCCGAUCCUCUUUGCAUGUUCUAGAGGAAAGGCUUCAACAAUUUCAUGUUUUAUCAUCUUAUGCUGAAACUUCUUUGCCAAAGCUCAGCCUACUUGGACUAUAUAUCCGUAUUUCAAGAAUGCUGAAAACCAUGAAAGACUUCAGGAAGAGAACUGUUUAAAUUACUGCCAUAAAAAUCUCUUUUCACAGUGAAGGCAGAUUUCAAUCUUUCCAUGUAUUCCAAAAUAGGUUAAAAAAUGGUGAAGGAUGUGACCCAUAAUUGUUGAGGCGGUAAUAGGGAGCUAAUAACAGAAAACACUUUUAACACCCGGUAGUAGGACUUGAGACCAGGCAACCUUAGACUGCAAAGAGUGGUGGCUUCUUUUUGUUGGAAUAUUGUGAAGUCUCUGUCUUAGAUCUCCAAAUGAAGAUUGCCUUCUUAGUGAUACCUAGGCUUAACCAGAAGCUGCAAUUGGAUGUAGGAACUGCUGUUUCAAAUUUACAGCCUUGCUGUGCAUAGUUAUAUUAGGCUGUUGUAGCUGAUUCUUUUAGCUGAUAACACUGGAGUAAGGUGUUGUGUAAAUAAAUUCAUUCCAUUGUCUGUUCAGAGCCUCCAGCUACUUCAUGCAGCUUUGAAAAAUGAAACCAUAGCUUCCAAAUUGGUGGUAGCAGUCCUUGUUUGUAGAAGAUGAGAUGUAGUAAUUUAAAUCCGUAAGUGGCAUACUUCUUCCUGUUGUGUGGAUUAUCAGACACUUGACCUUCACCUGUGGUGAAGGUGCUAAAUCUGUGCUAAAUCUGACCAUGUGUUUGUGAUGACUGAAGAACACAAAUAUGGGCAGAUGAGCAAUAAUUUUUCUCAAGUGAAAGAACCUUUGAAAAGAACAGUGCCUAUAUCGUGUGUGGUUCAGUGGCUUUGCUGAAACCUUACUUCCUGCACUAGAUUCUUGCACAGCCUAAAUGAAAAGCAUUUUGUUCUGGAGAAGAUUUUGGAGAUGGUGGAGGGAACACCACAGAAAAAAACACCUUAGGAAAUAAGUUUAUAUUUUAAGUCUGUUCUUAUUAACUUAGAUUCACCUUGACUGCAAGACCUCUAUAACAUUAUUACUUCUGUUUCUGUGUCUUUAAAAAUCCUAAUUAAAGUUCAUUGAGAGCUUGGCAUUUAAGGUGCUAAAUAUAAUCUAAAGCCAUUGUAAAACUUAAAAUUAUGAAGAGUUGUUGAAGCUUAAGUUUUAAAUAUUUGAAAAAAUAACAAUUAAGCAGAGCUCUGCAUUUUGUCCUAUUCUGCGGUCCUGCUUGUGGUUGGUAUGCAGUUGCCCUAAAGAUGCAUACAGACAUGUACCUUGAGUUCCAGUCAGCAGUUAUCUUUUCAUUAAUCCUGGAAGGCGGUAAGGUACAGGAACCCUUGUUUAAAGUGGCUCAGUAGUUCCUCUUACUAUGUGAAAGUACAUGCAAGAUUGUUAUUUAGGCAGUUAACGAAUGCGGGGAGGCCUUUUUGUAGACUGCUUCGAGACACAGAAGGGGUUACUGUAACUUUUGGUGUAUUCAGUGUUGAUUAGUGUCACUGAGCGUUCCUCUAAGUAGUGUGCUACUGCCACUAGGAAAAUAGAAGUGGUCUUAGAGGGUCAUGUGUAUUUAAGUAUUAAGAAUCUGCAUUCCUCCUAAGACUCUCCAUACAUCUAUACUCAGUUUAGUUAGGAACUUGUUCCCCAUGCGUGGCAAGAUGAAGGUUACUCUCCAGUUGCAAGAUCAAAAGCUCUUGAGAUGAAUAAGGGAAGAAUGACAUUGUUUUAUCUGUGCUGUACAGAUGCUUCAUGCCUACUGUUUUCAGUUUAUGUUACAAAUCUUUUGAGAUUUUUUUUUUUUUACUUGGCAUGCCUUUUUAAUGUUUGCUACAUGCCUGCGAUUGAUCUCUUUAUGAACAAGUCUUAACCUGUAUUGGAGUAUUGCUAGAGAGAUAAGACAACAAAGUCUUUUGAAAUGUACCAACGUUAUUUUAUGUAUGCUCUUCUAAAAAAAUGGACUUUUAUGCUGUUAUUAGAAAGGAUUAUUUUUUUUUGUGGAAGAUAGUGUAAUUUCAUAGUGAUAUGUGAUCCUCUUGUAAUCAGCUUUGAUUUCUUUAAGAAAUGUUGUAUUUCCUCUUCUAAAUUUCUACCGUGAUCUGUACUAACCAACUUAAAGAUAUUGUGACUUGUACUGGGAUAUCAUAGCUCUAAAACAAGAUGAUGGUAUUGGCUUGAAAAGUUUUGGGUAGAAGAGGAUCAUCUAAUUUGUUGAAUAAGCAAAAUGCACAAUGUUUUAAGAUGAAGCCAGUAAUGUGCGCUCAAGUUUGAUCUCAGCUAUUUCAGAAUGUCCUGCAUCUGUGAAAUAUGACAGCACAUUUCAAAAUUAAUUUGGGGUCUCAUUAAAAGUACUUGUGUAUAUAAUAAAUGGGGUUAUAGUUUCCAUUU